CCUGUACAGUGCUGCUUUCUCUGUCGCUCAUUAGACGCAGCUGCUCCACACGACUGCGCAUCCCUGAACGGAGGGGCUGUUAGGAAAACUCAGGAGGAGGAGGAGACGCGCUGAUAGAUUCGAGGAAACUGCUUUCAAAUAAACUCGUUUAGACGAAGAAGCGUUUAUGUCUUAAGAGCCAGGUAACGACGAAAGGUUCAGUCGAGCGCGGCUACAAGACCCCGCUUGAAGCUGCGGUUGUUGUUGUUGAAAGCGACUUGUUUGGGAGUUUGGUGUGAUUUCUUUACACUUUCUACACCGCAGACGUUACCCGGAGACAAAACUCAGCCUGUUGAAGUAGUUUAGAAAAUUACCAACUGCUGACUUUUACAAAAGGAUUAUUUUAUCUCCUUGGAAGACCCUCUCGUACUUCGGACUUGGUGUGCGUGGAGACUCACGUACGCAUAGCGGAGCCGUUGCAGGUGUUGCAGAUGCAGAAGUGAUUUAGUGGAUUUGGUGAAUUUGUGGAUCUCAGUGGCGCUCGUUUCACCUGAACAAAUGAUUUCAUCUAAAUGACUGAUUUGCAGGAUCGCCCCUAAGACUGAAGUCCGACAAUCUACAUCUUCCUCUGUGUUGCCAUCACCGUUGUGUAAGGACUAUGUUGAUGAAGGAGUACCGCAUCUGUAUGCCCCUCACAGUGGAGGAGUACCGGAUCGGCCAGCUGUACAUGAUAAGUAAACACAGUCAUGAGCAGAGUGAACGAGGGGAGGGGGUGGAGGUGGUCCAGAAUGAGCCGUAUGAGGACCCCGAGCACGGAUCAGGCCAGUUCACCGAGAAACGAAUCUACCUCAACAACAAGCUACCCAGUUGGGCCAGAGCAGUCGUCCCUAAAAUUUUCUAUGUCACAGAGAAGGCUUGGAACUAUUACCCAUAUACUAUAACAGAGUACACGUGCUCCUUCCUGCCAAAGUUUUCCAUCCACAUAGAGACCAAAUAUGAGGACAACAAAGGGAGCAAUGAUAAUAUUUUUGGUGGCGAGCCCAGGGACGAGGAAACGGAGGUGUGUUUCGUGGACAUUGUCUACGAUGAAAUCCCAGAGCGACACUACAAGGAGUCAGAGGACCUGCGCUAUUUUAAGUCCAAGAAGACGAACCGAGGUCUCCUGAAGGAGGGAUGGAUCGACACACAAGACCCCAUCAUGUGCUCCUAUAAACUGGUCACAGUCAAGUUUGAGGUCUGGGGCCUGCAAACACGCGUGGAGCAGUUUGUACACAAGGUGAUUCGAGAUGUCCUGCUGUUAGGACACAGGCAGGCCUUUGCCUGGGUGGAUGAGUGGAUCGACAUGACCAUGGAGGAAGUAAGAGAGUACGAACGCACCACACAGGAGGCCACCAACCUAAAGAUCGGGUCCUUCCCCCCCGCCAUCUCCAUCUCCGAGACCCCCCUGCCCUCCAGCACCCGUAGCGGCCCGAACAGCGCCCCGUCCACCCCGCUCUCCACCGAAGCGCCCGAGUUCCUGUCGGUGCCGAAGGAGCGUCCCAGGAAGAAGUCUGCUCCGGAGACCCUGACCCUGCCGGAUCCAGGCCGCAGGGAUUCGAUCUUCAAACUGCCCAGUUUUUUCUCCUGGAACUCCAGUCCGCAGCCGGAAUGAGAGCGGGGUGGGGUGAACGUCCUCGACCUGUGGAUCAGCAGAGGAUGCCUGCCCAGCACAUCCCACAAUACCCCCUCAGCCAGCUGAAGUGAAGGAGACUUUUCACUGUCCUGGUGAUCCCAGCCCCCGCCCCCCCUUGCCUUCAGCAGACUCGCCGGUGUUACAGUAAAGCCAACAGCUCUCAGGCUACCUUUUACAGGUACAGACAGGCAGCCUGAUCACCACAGCUAAAAGUCCUGUGGGGUCUAAAGGUAUAGUACGUCCCAUUGAAAGUCUAACAAAAGCAGCUGGAGGCCACUCAUUCUUCUCUCCUCAGAAAACAGCCAGCCAGUACCAUGCACCAGAUAGUAUGGAGUCCAAUUAGUCAGAUUGAGUGUAGCGUACGUUCCUGAAAAUGUUUUAUCCCACGAUACAUCACCUUGUUUUCAUCCCAGCUUAGGGUGUGUCGAUGAGGUUUGUUGAGAUUCAGUCACUGCACAUAAACUUUACAUGUACAAAAUUAGUUUUUCUCCACUUUACCUUCAAACAUCAGAGUCUCUGACUUUGUUAACUGGAGCUUGUGGUUUGACAUAUCUAUGUAUGUGGUGGGGACAGAUUCUUUUCGGCCACUGUAUCAGUUGAGUAUUAUGGUUUUCACAGUCAGGUGUACAGUGAUUGUGCGUUCUUGUAUAUACAGUAACUGUAUGAAAAUUAAAUAACCAGUAAAAUGUCAGCACUUCAAAAAGAAGAAUAUCCAAUCCAGUGAUGCUGCUGCUGCUAUGAAACUGCUCGUGUAUUUUUAAGGACAGGACUAUCUUCAGGUCUCUAUCUUCUUUAAGUAUUAGUGAGAGUUCUGUUAGUCACAGUGUCUGUAAAUGACUUAUGUAACUGCAUGAUUUUGACUGCGGAAGUUGAUUUUAAAUAUUUGUGAUUUAAAUGUUUUCUUUGUUAUCUCGGGCCUCAUACUUGAUGUUGUGUUUUGACAGUUUUUACAGACUGGUCAUGUGGUUUAUAUGUUGUUUUGCUGCUUUAUUCAGUUCAGCUGUGUUCAUCUCCAGUCAUACUGUUGAUGAGUUUUGUAUUCAGUAAAUUAAAUUAAAUACUGUUGUAUCCAUAAUUGUGUAAGAUGUCUUUGUUAAUGCCAUUUAUUUUCAUGGAAUUAAAAAUCACAAGUUACUAA